AUGUCAUUGCUAUGCCUAUGUAAUUCUAAGGCAGUGACGUACAUAGUUCACAUGAACAAGUCUUGCAUGCCCAAAGUUUUCACCUCCCAACUCCACUGGUAUUCAUCCACCGUUACUUCUCUGGACUCCGCCACUCCACCAGCUAACCCUACUAUUUUGUACUCUUACGAGAACGCACUUCACGGUUUCAGUGUUGCCUUAUCACCACAUCAGUUAGAGGCUCUAAAACAAACCCCAGGUUUCAUCUCAGCAUACAGAGACAGAGCAACCACUCUUGACACCACCCAUUCCUACCGCUUCCUCUCUCUUAACACCUCCCAUGGCCUCUGGCCCGUUUCCAACUACGGCCAGAACGUCGUCGUUGGCGUUGUCGAUUCAGGAAUCUGGCCCGAGAGCGACAGCUUCAUGACGAUGGCAUGGUACUUCAACAAAGGCGUUCUCGCGGCGCACGACGGUGAUGACCUCACGAAAGUUGGCGCCAACUCCGUCAGAGACAGCAACGGACACGGAACCCACACUGCGUCCACGGUGGCGGGAAACUACGUAAAGGGCGCGUCGUAUUUCGGUUACGCCAAGGGGACGGCAAGAGGAAUUGCGCCACGUGCUAAAAUUGCCAUGUACAAGGUUGCUUGGGCCCAAGGCGUGUUCACCUCGGACAUGCUCGCAGGUUUGGACCAAGCAAUCGCUGACGGAGUGGACGUUAUUUCCAUCUCGAUGGGUUUGGACAUGGUGCCCUUGUAUGAGGAUCCUGUCGCAAUCGCCGCUUUCUCUGCUUUGGAGAAAGGCAUCGUGGUUUCAGCUUCUGCGGGAAACGCAGGUCCGUCACUGUGGUCCAUACAUAACGGGAUUCCGUGGGUUUUGACGGUUGGAGCGAGCAACACAGAGCGUUCUCUUGGCGGCACGUUAAUUCUGGGAAACGGGAAGAGGUUUUCGGGGUGGACUCUGUUCCCUGCAAGUGCCACCGUAAGUAACCUUCCUCUCGUUUACCACAACAACGUUUCCGCGUGUGACUCUUCUGAACUCUUGUCCCAACUCGCACGUGGCAGCAUCGUCAUAUGCGAUUCUGUUAUGGAUGUUAACCAACAGAUUCAGCGCGUGUCAUUGUCUCAAGUGUAUGGAGCUGUGUUUGUAUCCGCUGAUCCCACUGUGUUUGAAAUCGGAAAAAUGACGUGUCCUGGUCUUCUGAUUAGCCCUCACGACGGGGACAAGGUGAUCGAGUAUGCACGCGCAACCCCACUCGCCUUCGCCACUAUAAAGUUUCAAGAAACCUACGUGGGAACGAAACCGGCUCCCACGGUGGCCAGUUACAGUUCUAGAGGCCCAUCUCGGGAGUGUCCGUGGGUAUUGAAGCCCGACGUUAUGGCUCCCGGGUCGUCGAUUUUGGCGGCUUGGGUUCCGGAUUUACCAGCGGCCCAAAUUGGCCCAAAUGUGCUGUUGAAUAAUGAAUACAAUUUGUUGUCGGGGACAUCGAUGGCUUGUCCCCAUGCUUCCGGGGUGGUGGCUCUGUUGAGGAAUGCACACCCCGAGUGGACUGCUUCGGCUGUUAGGUCUGCGUUGACUACGACGGCCAGCCCAUUGGAUAACACUGGAAAGCCCAUUAAAGAAAAUGGAGAGCUCCCUCAACGGGCUUCACCUCUCGCCAUGGGGGCUGGCCUGAUUGACCCCAACCGGGCCCUUGACCCAGGUUUGAUUUAUGAUGCCACCCCUCAAGACUACGUUAACCUCCUAUGUGCGAUGAAUUUCACCCAGGCCCAAAUCUUGACAAUUACCAGAUCAAAAGCCUACAAUUGCUCAAGCCCAUCUUAUGACCUCAAUUAUCCCUCCUUCGUGGCUUUUUAUGUUAACGAGAGUGUGACAGUGGAGAGAAAAUUCCGGCGAAGUGUGACUUACGUUGGAGAUGGUCCAGCUGCUUACACGGCACGUGUGAACUCCUCAAAUGACACAAAAAUCUCAGUAUCUCCCAAUAGGUUGGUCUUCAAAGGAAAAUAUGAGAAACGCAAUUUCUGUUUGACAUUGAAGUCUGAAAUGAAGAAGGAAAAUGUUGUGGCUUUCGCUGCAUUGGAAUGGGUUGAAGAAACAGGACGGCACGUUGUUAGGAGUCCCCUUGUGGUCGUACCUAUGAACGUUCCCUUCAACCCCUGA